AUGGCCGUAACCAGGAUCCCAAUAUUAGGACUUUUCAUCCCUCUCCUGAUCAGCCUACAGGAAUCAGGGGCUAUCAAAGAGGAUCAUGUGAUCAUCCAGGCUGAGUUCUCUCUGAAACCUGAGGAAUCAAGCGAGUUUAUGUUUGACUUUGAUGGUGAUGAGAUUUUCCACGUGGAUAUGGAGAAGAAGGAGACGGUGUGGCGGCUUCCAGAAUUUGGACAUUUUGCCAGCUUUGAGGCUCAGGGUGCCCUGGCCAAUAUGGCUGUGAACAAAGCCAACCUGGACAUCAUGAUGAAGCGCUCCAACUACACCCCGAACACCAAUGUUCCUCCGGAAGUGACUCUGCUCCCAAACAAGCCUGUGGAACUGGGAGAGCCCAACACACUCAUCUGCUUCGUUGACAAGUUCUCUCCACCCGUGAUCAGUGUCACGUGGCUUCGAAAUGGCAGACCUGUCACUGAUGGAAAGUCAGAGACGGUCUUCCUGCCCAGGGAUGACCACCUUUUCCGCAAGUUCCACUACCUCCCCUUCCUGCCCACAACUGAGGAUGUCUAUGACUGCAAGGUGGAGCACUGGGGUUUGGAUGAGCCUCUUCUCAAGCACUGGGAGUAUGAAGCUCCAGCCCCCCUCCCAGAGACCACAGAGAAUGCGGUGUGUGCCCUGGGCCUGAUUGUGGCUCUGGUGGGAAUCAUUGCAGGGACCAUCUUCAUCAUCAAGGGCAUACGCAAAGCCAACACUGUUGAACGCCAAGGGCCUCUGUGA